GUUUUAGUUAUCCCAUCUUAGGAUAUCUAAGGCAUGAAGAUUCUCGAAAGUCUCGAAGUGAAAUUUUUUUUGACGACUGGUAAACUUUUAUUUUCCCGGUUUCAUGUACGAGAAAGAAAGAAAAGUGAUUUAAAAAAUAAUUCAUGUCUAAGCCCAUCGCAACCACACAAAGUUAUCAUUAUUGGCUUUCAGUCAUUCCUUCUGCUGUUGCGUCACAGAUGAUUAUGUCGCCAACUGUGCCAAAGGUAAUUUCCCCUUUUCUUUUCAACUCGCACUAUGCUACUCAACAGUUAUGCUUAUUUCGUCUGAUCUUUAUCAUAUUAUCAUUACUGCGCUUCUCGACACUGUCGUUCUAAAGAAAAAAACCGUGAUUUGGGAUCUACAUGGAUGCUGAUUGAAAAUUGGAUUUUGGUUUCUCGCUCUCUACCACUUUCCUGAGAAGAGAAAUAAAUAAAAAAAAUUUUGAAUGAAAGCAGAAAAUAAAAUAAAUAGAAAUAUUCUAGAAAAAACUUCUCCAUAACCAUCUUGUAUUAUAAUCACAGACGACCGAAGUAUGUGAUUGUGAAAAUUUUAUAUUAUACACAACAAAAGAGGAACAAAAAGACUUAUAAAAAAUUGGUAAAUUUCGCAGCUUAAUCAUGUAAAAAAGAUAUCAAAAAUGAUGAGGAUUAGAUUUUUUUUUUUUUUGAAAUUUUUUAUCCCUGCUGUUAUUUAGUGUACUCUACGAAUCUCUUUAUAAAUUUUCUUCACUCUUUAAGAGCAGUAACUAUUAAAGUUUUUGAGAGGUCUUUUCUUGUUUUCUUAUAGUAUACUCUUCAAAUUUCAUCAUCAACUUAGUUCAAUUUAGAAUAAGAUCACUUUUGUCAAAAUGGCUGUGAACAGAGAGCACUUCACAUUCAUUUGGAAUAUCAGGAAUUUCAGCUUUGGCUUCAAUACAAGAAUUUUUCAUAGUCCAUCAUUCUUCGUAGAUGAAAUAAGUGGAACCGAGUGGCAUUUGAUACUUGGUAAUAACAAAGAUAAUGUUUGUUGUUGGAUUCAAAGAUUGGGCAUUUCUGGUCCCGAUGAGGUUCAGUUAGAUUACGAACUUUCUUUCCUUGCUAAGGAUGAAUCCGUUUUACUUUCAGAAAUGUUCGUUAGAAAGGAAUACAAGAAAGGUUAUACUGAUUCUCAGUCAACAUUGAGAGCGGAAAAAGAUGAAAUCUUAAUUCGCAAUAAGGAUCUGUUUGUUCCCGAUGAUACACUCAUCAUUCGUUGCAGAAUGUGGAACAGCAAGAAGACUAUAGCACGAUCACGAAAGUGUUUCGCCGAGACCCUAUUAAAAACUGAAUGCAGAUCCUUCGUCGGGACCAUUGGAAAAUUUAGCAGCUUGGAGCCAAAUUGCAGAACUUUGGUCUGUAUUAAAUCAUCAGCAUCGAAAAACUUUUUCUCGUCCGUGGUCUUCUGCACCAAUGCUGAUGGCAAACUUGGAGUUGAAGUGAAACCAAUGGAUUGUAGCCACUUGUACAAAUACAUUUGUAAAUUAUUCAUCUUGGAUCGAUGUGGAAAUAAAGUGAAAUCUGGACACGGUGAAUUCCAGGAACCGAAGACCCAGUGUAUUCCUCUUACCCUCCCAAAAGAACACUUAAUGGAAAAUAAAGAAUACUACCUUCCAAACGAUGUGCUGAACAUAGAAUGUGAAAUUAUUUUUCCUACAGGUGAUACCAAAGAAAAAAUUUGUGAAUCUGGAUUUGAGCAUCGAGACAUCCAAGAAACGAUUUCAUUGAAAGUUAAUUGUUCUUCACACGAAAGGUUAAUAACUCUGAAAGAUAAUUGCAUUUCACAAUCCAGCGAAGAAAUUUUAUCCAACUCGGAACCUAACAUUCCUUCUGCUUUCCCAGAUGAACAUUUAAUAGAAAAUAAAGGAAAUUUUUUUCCAGAUGAUGUGCCAGUAGUAGAGAACGAAUGUAUUUGUUCUACAAGUGAGUCAGUAGAAAAAAUCGAUGAACCAGAAUGUAAGCUUGUUUGCGAAGAAACUCAAAGAAUAAUAUCCAAUGAAAAGGAAAUUACUCUAUUGUCUAAAGAUGAUUCUGAAAAAGAAACUUCUGAAGAAGAAGUUUUUACAACUUUAAAAGAUGACUGGGCUUCACUGUUCAGUGAAGGAACUUUAAGUGAUGUGAAACUCCGGACAGCAACUGAAACUCUUUCGGUUCAUAAAGCUGUCCUGAUUGCGAGGUCUCCAGUUUUUUGGUCUAUGUUUACCACUGAUAUGAGGGAGAAAAAGCAGAGUUUUGUCGAGAUCAAUGACGUGGAUGCUGACACGAUGCGCAGAAUGCUUUCAUUUAUGUACUCGGACACCCUGGAUGACCUUGAUUACGAGAGUACCAAAAGUCUGUACUUCGCAGCAGACAAGUACUGCAUCAUCUCACUGAAACGCAGGUGUGCGAGCUUAUUGAAGCAGAUGCUCUUGCAGUCGAAUUGUUGCGACGUCCUUCUUCUGGCUGUUCAACAUAAUGACAAAGAUUUGAAAAAUGACGUUCAAGAAUACAUUGAAGAAAGCGAUAGUGCAAUAUUUCUCUCUGAUGAGUGGAAGAAUCUGGAAGAGAGUCAUCCUCGAUUGACAACACAAAUUUUCCACACUUUGUAUAUGAAAAAGCGAGGAAACUAAAGGCCCAUUCUGUUUCCUAAGGUUGUUGUUUGAAGGGCCAUGAUUACCAAGAUUUAUAUUUCACAAAAGUUUGCACUUCAAAACCUAAUGGAUGAUUCAGAGGAUCAAAGAUAAUUCAGUUAUUCUAUUUAAAAAUAUUAUUUAGAUGAAGAAUAAUUAUUUUGUUGAAAUCUUUAUAAUUGCAGAAUUAAAUGCGUGACAAUUUUUUUUAUAUUCACCUAUUGUAUUUUGUAUGUAUAAUCAAACCUUUGUUAUAGGGUUUCAAACUAUUAUCUGUCUAAUAAAAUAUUUCUUCAAUA